GCGACACGUUCGAAGCCUCGUACGAACGUCACGAGUACAUGGUCGACGUGUUCACGUGGACGUUCGCGUGGUUCCGGCUCUGGUGGAUAUGCUACCGGGCCGACGAUCUCGUGACAAGGGUACACUUAACAGCAAAAAUAAUGCUUGAAAAUGAUAUAAACUCAUUCCCAGAAAAUAUAAGAAAAAUGGCUCUAGAUUUUUUAGAUCAAUUGCUUCAUCGUCACGUGAGGAUUACGGCAUGGGGGUUCUUUGAUGUAAAUAAGGAAUUACUGUUCGUGGUGUUGGGAUAUCAAUUUGGUUUGUGUUUGAUAUGUACUCAAUUUACGACUUCGGGAUUACAACUAGUUAAUAAUUUUACAAUUUAUCAAAAUUCCACAACUUCUAUGGAAAAACAUUCAUAAAACCUUUGAAAACUACAACUACUAUAAGUUAUAUUUUUCAGUAGUUAUUAACCAUAUAUACUAUUUUAUCGUAAAGAUUUUAACUAUAAACGAUAAAAUGAAUAUUAUUAAUUUAUAUUCGAUACCUAUCUAAGCAUUUUUAUAUUUAAACCUUAUAAAUUAUAUUAUAAUCUACUACAUCAAUAUAUCACGACUUUGCAAUACAAAUCGUUAAUAAACGACACUGUGUUUAGCGUUGUACAAUUAAUAGUACCUACAACUUUAUACAAUAAUUAAUAUU